AUGUUAUCCACUCACUGGAAGAAAAGGAAAGGGCCAAGAGUGAUCUCCACAGUCACAUUUCCCCAGCUGUCGCGCGAGGAACCACGAACAGGGCUCCUGCACGUUGGGAAAGAGACCCUUUGCGACAGAGCGCCGGGCUGCGACGCUGAGCUCUGGCCGCGGACCGUCCCAGGGCAGGCGGGGCCCUGGCGGGAGGCUCCGACCGCCCGCGGGGCCAGCGGACAGCGCCUCUGCCACGGCUCCCACUGCGGAGGGCGGCGGGGAGGCCGGUGUGGCUCCGCGGCCUCGCGCCCCCACCCCUUCGCCUCCGGGGACUCGGCGGCCUCGGCCAAGCCGCUGCUGCGCUGGGACGAGGUGCCCGACGACUUCGUGGAGUGCUUCAUCCUGUCGGGCUACCGGCGGCUGCCCUGCACGGCGCAGGNGGCGCAGGAGUGCCUCGCCUCGGUGCUGAAGCCCACCAACGAGACGCUCAACUUCUGGACGCACUUCAUCCCGCUGCUGCUGUUCCUGAGCAAGUUCUGCCGCCUGUUCUUCCUGAGCGGCCGCGACGUGCCCUUCCACCACCCGUGGCUGCUGCCGCUGUGGUGCUACGCGUCGGGCGUGCUGCUGACCUUCGCCAUGAGCUGCACGGCGCACGUGUUCAGCUGCCUGUCGCUGCGCCUGCGCGCCGCCUUCUUCUACCUGGACUACGCGUCCAUCAGCUACUACGGCUUCGGCAGCACCGUGGCCUACUACUACUACCUGCUGCCCGGCCUGAGCCUGCUGGACGCCAGGGUGAUGACCCCCUACGUGCAGCAGCGCCUGGGCUGGCACGUGGACUGCACGCGCCUCAUCGCCGCCUACCGCGCGCUCGUGCUGCCCGUGGCCUUCCUGCUGGCGGUGGCCUGCACCGUGGCCUGCUGCAAGAGCCGCACCGACUGGUGCGCCUACCCGUUCGCGCUGCGCACCUUCGUCUUCGUCAUGCCGCUGAGCAUGGCCUGCCCCAUCAUGCUGGAGAGCUGGCUCUUCGACCUGCGCGGCGAGAACCCCACGCUCUUCGUGCACUUCUACCGCCGCUACUUCUGGCUGGUGGUGGCCGCCUUCUUCAAUGUGAGCAAGAUCCCCGAGCGCAUCCAGCCCGGCCUCUUCGACAUCAUCGGCCACAGCCACCAGCUCUUCCACAUCUUCACCUUCCUCAGCAUCUACGACCAGGUGUACUACGUGGAGGAGGGCCUGCGCCAGUUCCUCAAGGCGCCGCCGGCCGCCCCCACCUUCUCGGGCACCGUGGGCUACAUGCUGCUCUUGGUGGUCUGCCUGGGGCUGGUCGUCAGGAAGUUCCUCAGCAGCUCCGAAUUCAGCAGUAAAAAGUGAGCCCUGCGGGAGGCGGCUGGUUUGCCCACCUAUUUGUACUUUGUUGUUGCUAUCGUUGGUUUGUUUUCCGGUUUUGUUGUGUUUCCUUCUUUGCUCCGGGAGGGUGCUGCAGAGCCACAGGGGAAAAGUCCAGUGGGGGGGGCGGGGGCUUCGGAAAAGGGAAGGCGGUCAAACAGGAGGGAGGAGAGGGCCACUGGUUUUUACCCGUGGACAAAAUCCAGGUGGUGUCUGUGACAUCCAGGGAUUUUUCGAAGGCAACGAAUAAAAUCCCAAAUAAAACUCCAACCAGUUCGAUUUUCCAGUCGUCUUCUGUGCCAGCGGUAAUAACAAGUAGCCCUUGUGAGGUCAGGUAUGCAUUAAAGAGGGUAAGUAGACAGAAUCCCUGGGUACUUCCAUUUCAGUCUGAGGAAUGUGUGGAUUUGUCAAAAGAAUGGAGCUUUGUAGGAAACGGGCACAAAGACAUAAGCCUAGAGCUUAACCUACUAGAAAAUGCAUGGAAUGUGAACAAGUUAGUUAUUUCAAAAUGUCUCUCAAAUGUUAUUUAAAUAGUAAUAUAUACAAUGAUUUUCAGAAUUUUCACAAGCCUUUAAUAUGCACUGAAUUUUAUUUGUCAUGUAGUUUUGAAUUUUGCAGUCUUCUGCAUUGCACACACUUGAACUGGACAGCAGGGCAAGCUGCUGGAGAGCUCUCAGCUACCUUCCUAAACAGUGUUUUCUGAAGGCCUGUGUGCCAUGAUACAAAUGUGAAUUAUCUACCUUAGGGACUCUGGGUAGACUACUGGUGAGGAGCUCAGGGGUCUGUAGAUCGCAGACACCCACUUACUCUAAUGUACACCACAAGACCUACCCUAUUUUUGGUUUGGUUUGGUUUGGUUUGGAUCUUCUUUCCCUCUCUACUUACUUAAAUUACCACUGGAAUAAAUGUGCCUUUUGAAGCAAUGCCCAAA